CCGCCCGCCCCACCUGAGCUGGUUCGGCAGGUUUGAGGUGGAGGCGGCCAGGAGAGCGCCGGAAUCCCGCAGGGCCUCGGCAGAGCUGUCCCGUGGCCCCUAUGGUCCCCCGUCUGUGCCCGAGGUAAAAGCAGAAAGGACAGAAACUUUGUCCCCUCUGAACACCACAAGUGCAGGCAGCAGUGUUACCAGCCCCUAGCUGUCCCCAGCAGUGCAGAAGUGGAUGCUGUCAUGGCUGCUGCGGACCCUGCCCUGAUCCCCGAGGAGGUGGCUCUGCUGGAGCUGGGGAAGGUGGCCCUGGACAAGGUGCCACCAGCCCCAGAUGAACACCUGGGGGACCCUGAUGCCACCCUGCCAUGGGACCAGUGUCAGCACAACGCCCAGGGCCAGCCAGAGCUUAUAGAGACAAAGAGGCGAUCAAGUCCUGAGGGGGGCCAUGAAGACCCAGAGGAAGCUGUUCCCACCUGCCCCACAGUUGAGGGUGAAGGUGUGGAAGUCCCCCAGCUGCCCGUGAUGGCGGCCCACGUCUUUGUGCCCAUCGACCCACAGUGCAUUGAGGAGAGCCCUGUCAAGCAGAAGCAGCACCCAACCACGUGGCCCCAGGAGGAGGGCAGGGGGGACCAUAAUCCCCCCAGCGACAGACCCAGUAGCCUCCACCACAAGCAGGUCUUCCUCCCCCUUGGCCCUUCGCGCUGCCGGGAUCCACUGAGCUUCCAGGGGCGUGUGGUCAAGCCCUCAGCUGAGGAGUCACAGUGCCCGUGUGCCAGGGACUGUGGCACUGAUAAUCUCAAGGUUGUGGCAUCGGUGGCAGGGGCCCUGCUCUUCUGCCCUUGCCUCAUCUAUGGGGCCUACAUCUUCUUGCCCUUUGACGCUCCACUGCUGCCCACCACCAGCGCCCGCCUGGUCUACACGUUGCGCUGCGCCACCUUUGCCACCUUCCCCAUUGUGCUGGGAAUGAUUGUCAGUGGCAUCUCCCACCUCUGCUCCUCUGCCCUGGAGCCCUUUGGAGAGCUCCACAGGGAGGUGGAGAUCCACCGCACUUACGUCUCCCAGUCUGUCCACCUCUUCAUCCUCUACUUCUUCAACAUGGCUGUGCUAGCCACCUACCUCCCGCAGGAGCUACUCAAGCUCAUUCCACUACUCACAGGGCUCUUCGCCAUCUCCCGGUUGAUUUUCUGGAUGUCCUACGCCAUUAGCCGCUCCUUCCGUACCUUCGGCUUCAGCAUGACCUUCCUGCCGCUCCUGGCCAUGCUGCUCUGGAACCUGUAUAGCAUGUUCAUCCUGGAGCCUGAGAACCUCCUCUCUCUGGCAGCGCCAACACCCGAGGGUCAUUCCAAGGAGAGUCGAGCCAAACUCCGGCACUGGGGGUGA